AUGAAUUCAAAUCCAUUUUCUAUAUCUUUUAUUGUUGAUUAUAUUUUUUCAACAGUCAAAUUUACUCCAGAGGAAAUAUUCAAGACUUUGUUGGUUAAUCGCAUGUUUGCUAUGAUUCAGUAUAAGCGAUUGUGGGUGGAUCCAUUUAAAGGAAUCAAGGGUGAACGAAGAAAUGAAUUCGUUAUGUCUACACGAAUGAUAUUUUACUCCAAUCUAUUAACUGAACAUGGUAAAAAAAACUUUGUAGAACAAUUAAAAUUUGAUCCUUCAAAUGAAAAUAAUCCUACAUUCGAUUACAUUUCUGUUAUACGUCGACUUUCAUUCAAUGAUAUCCAAUAUAUUUAUUAUGGUAUGUUGAGCGCUGAAUACAUCAUUGAAAUAGUUUUGAGUUUUGCGAAAAAGAUUGAAACUGUUGAAUUAUUUAAUAUGCAGGCAUUUAUGAGACCGAAUUAUUUUAAUGUUCAACAGGAAUUGGAUUCAAUAUUUUUAAAUUUGAGACGAUUAUUCGAAAAUAAUUAUAACAUAAAUCUAGUUAUUCAUGAUUAUAUAGAUGCUCAUAUUUUGUCUACAACUGGCAAGGAGACACCCUUGUUUGAUGAUAAAACAAGUUGGGUAUAUCAUCUCACCAUACAACAUUAUAUGGGAAUUUUUUAUUGGAAUUCUUUUCCGUUCAAAUAUUUAGUAGAAUUAGAAAUUGCUACAAAUUUAGAAGAUGUAUUAAAAAUGAUUUUUAAAAAGCAUCCUAAACUUGAAUAUUUUGAAUUACACGAAUGCAAAAUUUUAAUUGCUAAUCUUUGCGAUGUUGCAGAGAUUUGUUCUUCUUGGUCUUUAUUGAGGGGUUUUGUUAUAACUAAUAGUCAUGAUAAUGAAUAUGAUAUAUUUGAUCACACAUUGUUAAAUUAUAUUAGAAAGAAAGUUGAGAAUAUAUCUAAAAUAUCUAUAGGUAUUUUAUCGAAAAGAAAUCUUUGUGUACAAAUUAUUAAAAAAUCUGUACAUGAUAAAUGCUUUAUAGAAAUUUGGUAUGAUAAAGGGAAUUAUUUUAUUUAA